AUGAGUAACAUAAAAUUUCUCAAGCCUGUCUUACUCCUUGUCUUCUUCAUACUCUUAUUCAUAAUCUUCUUUCUUAGCAAACCCUCUGAUGCAACCGCAGGGAUAGCCAUCUACUGGGGCCAAAACGGCAACGAAGGUAAUCUCUCGUCCACAUGUGCCACCGGCAGGUAUGCUUACGUCAACGUCGCCUUUCUUGUGAAAUUCGGUGACGGCCAAACGCCUGAGCUUAACCUUGCCGGCCACUGCAACCCUGCGGCCAACACUUGCACCCAUAUUGGCUCUCAGGUCAAAGAGUGUCAGUCUCGUGGCAUCAAGGUUAUGUUGUCUCUCGGUGGCGGAAUCGGAAACUAUUCGAUUGGGUCUAGAGAGGACGCCAAGGUGGUUGCGGAUUACUUGUGGAACAACUUUUUGGGAGGAAAAUCAUCGUCACGUCCCUUAGGUGAUGCUGUUCUUGAUGGUAUCGAUUUCAAUAUCGAGCUUGGCUCCGCUCAACACUGGGAUAAUCUCGCUAGGUAUCUCUCUAAAUUUAACAACCAAGGAAGAAAAGUGUAUCUAACAGGAGCUCCUCAGUGUCCAUUCCCAGACAGACUAAUGGGAAGUGCACUUAACACAACACUAUUCGACUACGUUUGGGUCCAAUUCUAUAACAAUGCACCGUGUCAAUACACUUCAGGUAAUACCGAGAGACUAUUCGAUUCUUGGAACACGUGGACCACUUCGGUCACUGCUCAAAAAAUCUUUCUAGGUCUCCCGGCUGCUCCUGAAGCAGCAGGAAGUGGGUAUAUUCCGCCGGAUGUAUUAAUUUCUCAGAUUCUUCCAACACUAAAGAAGUCUGGGAAGUACGGAGGAAUAAUGCUUUGGUCUAAAUUCUGGGAUGAUAGAAAUGGAUAUAGUUCAUCUAUAUUGGCUAGCGUGUGA